UCUUUGCUCAAGUUACCAUCGCUAACGCGUGAGCUGACUAGGGAAUUAUUGAUCCCGGAGUUGGCUAAAUGAGCUGUAUACUUUGUAGAGUCAAUUUAAUGGAAUACGUCUAAUAAACGUGCGCUACACCAGUACAAAAAUAGCAACAAAGUUUGCACAGCACCUGCGACUGUCAAACUGAUUUAAGCCAGUCAGCAGAAACAGCAGCAGCAGUAGCAGCAGUUCACCUACAUACACACACACACACACACACCCACCCAAAUACACAAAUAGCACGCACACACUGCUAAAAUGGUGGACGCUGCGAGACAAAUGCUCGAUGAGCUAAUGGGCCGCAAUCGAAAUUUGCAUCCAUCUGAGGCUGGGCAAGCGGUCAAUUGGGAAGAUCCAGAGUUCUGUCAAUUUUACAAUGUGAAAUUCUGUCCGCAUGAUCUGUUUAUUAAUACUCGUGCCGAUUUGGGUCCUUGCACACGCAUCCACGACGAGGAGGCGAAACAUUUGUACGAGGAGGCGCGUCCAUCGCAGCGCAAACGCCAUACGGAGGAUGAGUUUCUGCGCUUCUGCAAUGUGAUGCUGCACGAUGUCGAUCGGAAGAUACAAAAGGGCAAGCAGCGCCUGCAGCUGAUGCAGCGCGAUCAUCCGUCGGGCACAAUGUCGCAAGCGGCCAAGCAGCAGGAGCAUCUGAACAAUCUAACCGCACGCAUCAACAAACUGAUGGCCGAGGCUGAGGAGGCAGGCAUCCGCGGCGAUGUGGAUCAGGCGCAGGAUCUGAUGGCCAUGUGCGAGGAGCUCAAAGAGGAGAAGGAAUCAUUGCAUCAGCAAUAUGAGGCGCACAUGAAAAGCUAUCACAAGUUGCGUGCGCCGCCGCCAACAGCGAUAACAACAGCUGUAACCACGCCCACCACACCAACAAUAAACGAAGCACCAAUAGGAGAACAGCUGCUACUUGCCAGUCCCGGUUCCAGCGUAGAAAACGUAGCUGGCAAUACGAUUGCGCUCGACAGCAAAGAACCCAAUGAAACGACCGAUGAGGCAACAACAGGAAUUGCAAGCUCUCCAUCAAGCGAAUGUGCUUCGCCCAGAGCGGCCGCAUCCCCCUCAGCCGAUGACAACAAAUCGGAGUCCAAGGGCGAUGGCAAACAGACGGCGAAUUGGUCGCACGAAGUGCUGCCCGAAAAACAAAUGAAGGUGUGCGAAAUAUGCGGCGCUUUUCUGAUUGUGGGCGAUGCCCAGCAGCGCAUCGAAGACCAUUUGAUGGGCAAACAGCAUUUGGGUUACUCCAAGCUGCGCAAUGCUGUUGCCGAGAUCAAUGAGCGGCGACAAAAGGAGCACGAAGAGGAGGAGCGCAAGCGGCGCGAUGAUCGUGUGCAACGCUUUCACAAUAGCUACGAGAGCAGACGUGAUCAGCGCGACUAUCGGGAACGCAGUCGUGACUAUCCGCCCAAUCGUCAAUCGUCGGACAGGCGGCAUCAUCAUCACAAAUCACACCACGGCCAUUCAUAUUCGCGCAGUGGCAGCCACAACAGCAGCAGCAGCAGUCGGCGCAGCAGUCAUAGUCAUCAUUAUCGUCACGACAGUCGGGAGCGGCAUGGUCGCAGUCGCAGUCGCAGCCGUUACUAGGACACAACCAAAGCUACAAACAGCCGCUGCUACAACAACAGCAACAUCUAACAAAAGCAAACAAAAGAAACAAAAACUGCAGCAAACUAUGAUAAAAAACAAAGCAAAAACAUAAUAAACUCUUCUAAUCGAAACGCAAAAUGAAAUUAGCUGAAGAUACUACGCAACCUCAGCAACAACAACAACAUCAACAUCUCUGGCCGAUUGCCACGUCCCUCUUCCACCCCUACAUACUCCAUGCAGCAUCGAGGUACUCCAAAAUAAGAUAAUAAUAACACAUUUCAAUAAUAUAUAAAAAAAAAAGCAAUUAAGAUCAGACAGUCUAAGGGGCACGCAUGUGUGCGUGGCACAUGUGCCAAACAUGCCAAAGAUCUGAGGUGAGUUCAACAACAGACUAUCUAUAACGCUAUUCAUAUAACUCCAACUUGUACACGUACUCGUAGUCCCACCAAGAAACCAAAAAAUGUUAAAUUUAUAUAUACUCCAUGUGUAAUCUCCAUCUGUACAGAGACAGGCACAAACUGUCGAAAAAACAAAAACCUCAAACAAUAUUUUAAAGUAAAUCAAAAAACCUUAAAUUCACUCAAUUCAAAGAAAACACACACUCACACACACACACAUACAUAGACACAAACACAAAAAUUCAUUACUAGAUAACAGACUAAUAUUUGCACGAGGCUCGCCUGUUUCGGUCUUAUCUAUAUAUAUCUACAUCUAAAUUUAUAUGUUAGCUCUAUGCAUGCUCAUUGUGCAGCUGCUACUAAAGGAAUAGUGGGAUGGAACGGCAUUAUAGGACCUAUGCUGAGUAAUUUUUAGAGAAAACAAACAAUUGUCUUUAUGUGUAAGGUAUAUGUAGGGCAAAGCUGGCAAAGCUUAGCAAUGCAGAGCUGAAACAUAUUUUUAGUUUCUUUCAGUCUUUAAUAUAAAAAAUAAGACUAUUAAAUUCAAACAGCAAAAUGUACAAAAUCCUAAAAAAAAAAACUGUUAUACUAGAAAUGCAUCAAUGUAAGUUGUUUCAUAUUCAAUUCUAAACUUCUGCUAGAAUGAGACAAAUCGCAAUUUUAUUGCGCAAAUAACUGUUGUCGUUAGCCAUAUUCAAAUUUCAUUUUUUCACUGGAACACCAUGAGACCCGAAACAGGCAAACCAUAAAGAGUCUCUCGUCCCUGGAUGUGGAACCAGAGAACUAGUCUUUUGAGGUUAGGAUCCAUUUUGGUGAAAUUAAAUGAGAUUAGAGAAAAGUGGUAAAUUCUUAAAAUGGAAGAAGGCCUAACGAAUUUUUUUAAUGGGAACAGCAUUCACUCUCACACAAACACAUAAAUACACACACACACACACACACACAGAGAUAGAGACUGCGACAACGACAGAGAUAUGCAAAGAAUAACUGAAUAAGUAACUCAAAGAACAGCUGGGAAUGAGAGUAUCCUUGUCGUACUUGUUAUUGGAGAUACGUUCAAAUUGAUUGUACCAGGUAUUUACCACUCGACAACAAAUUAACUAACAUCAAAAAUUAAAAAAUGAAACAAAAACAAAAAAACAAUCAAAUUAAAUAUAUAUAUAUAGAAAAUUCUUUUAAGUAAAUGCAUAUGUGCUAUAUAUUAUGAUGUAAUGGAACACCCACACAGAUAUCGCGUUUGCAUGGGAAUGGCAUGUGCUUUGGUGGUUCGCGAUGGUUCGGUGCAGCGGUACAGCCGAACCAGGGAUCCACAAUCCAAUCACGAUCCGUUCGUAAUGCGAAUUUUUGUCAACCGAUCAGGGUCAGGGUUGCCUUAAGCAGUUGAGUUAUUCUAUACGUUAACGGUUAAACCGACCCCAGAGGUACGUAAUCCUCUCUCGCUCACACACUCUCACACUCACGCACACAAACACACAAAGCAACUCUCUUUCUCUCUCUCUCUCUCUCGUUCACUCUUUCGUCUAUGAAUCUGUGCUGUAGUCGUUCAGUGGGAAGAGUGAAAUUAUUGAAUUGAGUACAAAAAUCGAACUUUACUAAAGGCCCGAUCACACUGAACAACACACGAACCGGUAAAUAACGGCUUUCCGAGACUCGCAAGUGCGUCAGGUACAUUUUCUUCAAUUGUGUAUGUAUUUAUGCCCUUUCCAAAUAUAUAUAUCACAUAUGCUAUAUUUACAUAUAAUUUAUUUUUGUCCGAAUCUGUUUGAAUUUAUUACCUAAAGCAAAAUAUCUCUUGAAACAUUUUUUAAAAUUAAAAAUAAUUUAUUAUUUUUUAAUUCAAUUAUUCUUACAACAUAUGUAACUUAAUUAAUUUUGUUAAGUAAAUUAAUUUAACAAAUUUGUAUCGCAUUGGCAAGGGCAUACAGAUAUCGGCUACGCCGAAAUUGAUUUCAUGUUUAUUGUUGUUGUGCUUCCCAAUGUAUAUACUACUAAUGAAGCGAAAUGGGAAAGAACACAAGAUAAUAUAUAUAUGCGACGAUUGCAGCAGUAAUCGAUAUAAUCGGUUUGAAUUGGUUAUCGAUCUAACGAAUCAAUGAAUAAGAGGAUCUAAGGAAUGCGCAUGUUCUUCCAAUUACCAACUAUCGCUCUAAUUCUGACAGCUAGAUAGGGAGAGAAAGAGAAAGAGAGCAUUGUAUUCCUGGGCCCCAAAUGUGGAGCUACUCCAGGUAACUUGCUUUGCCAACCCACAACAAACACCAGUUAUGUUUCUUCAAGACAGACGAAUGCAAAUGCCAUGGAGUGCCUAGUCAAAGGAGCAACGAGUAACCAGUAACGAGUAGCGCGAUUAACGAGUAACCAGUAGCGAGCAGCGAGGGUGACGGUCUCACUGUAUCUUCCACUCAUGCUAACUGUAUUAAAGCAUGAGAUACGAGGUGAAUUUCAAUUUAUCUCAUUUUUUCUAUGUAUAUAUAUAUAUAUAUAUAUAUUAUAUAUAUGUGUAUAUAUAUAAAUAAUCUAUAAAUUACUUCCACUCUAUCAUCCUUCUCUGUUUGUUGCUAACCCUGCAACAAACCACAAUCCGAACAAUUGUUAAAGAUUUAAUUCUAUUUUGGCCACGUUGUAUCAUUCACAAACAUUGGCAAUAAGAUUUUAUUUAUAUAUAUAUACAUAUAUAUUGUAUAUGUAUUUGGUUCUGUUAUGUUGUAAUUAAUUUUAUUCAAUUUGAUUGGAGAGCUUUUGUGAAGUAUAUUGACGCAUCCGCCUUUCGUUAUGUAUUUAGCAAAAAUAUAUAUCUAAUAAUAUAUAUUAAAUAUAUAUUUUCUAAAUUUUCAUUUGAUUUACAUACUUGAAUACAAUGAAACAAAUGCAGAACCAACUAAUAAUUACAUUUCAAAAAAGAGAAAGAAGCAAAAAGAAACGCUAAAGCUAUAACAAGAAAAUGUAGUCCAUAGAAAGGCGAGUUUUUAAAUAUUACACGCAUAUAUAUAACUUACAUCUUACACUUAAUAUCUAUUAAGAUUAAUGAUAAUAAUAACAUUCAAAA